UUCAUUUCUUUUGUUUGUGUCCUCAAGGCCUCACUAUCAAGCUGAAUUUUGAUGUGUCAAAAGUGACCUAUUCCGUAACAGAGAAGUACAUAAUCACUGUCCAACACCUGAGCUGAACCCAGUAAAAUAAAUAAACUUGUUCCAGUGUCAUGACUCUCCACCAGUACUAUCCGAGCUGGUAGUUAACAACUAUGAACGAUGCACUCGUAAAUUUCUCAAAUGACCUUUUUUUUUUUCAGGCUUUAAUUUCACAACCGCUUAAGUUGUGGAUUUAUCUGCGAUGAUCAAUCAUGUCUUCAAAACUUUCUCUACAGUUCAAGUAUAUGAUAUUUGAUAUUUGAUAUAUUCAUUUGUAUUCUCCACCAUCUACGGGUAUGUUACGAACUCACAACGUGGUUAGCUCGCGGUUGGCUUGAUAGCUAAGUUGGUAGUGCACUGUACCGGUAUCGCACAGGUCAUGGCUUCACAGGUCAUGGCUUCACGCCUGAAUUUUUGAUUCGUUUUCAAAUUUCUCCGGCGCAGUGUGGACGGGGCCUUAGUCAUAAUACUCUUUCAAGUUUUUUUUCUUCAGCAAACAAUUAUGCUUACGUUUUCGAUUAGCAUAAAAAGCAGCAUUCACUAUGACCUAAUACCAGAUUUACCAGAUCUUAUAAGUUUAAAGAUAAAUAGCUGUUAAUUAUAAUCUCGCAAUUGAAGUUGUAAUUACCACUCAAUAAGUGAUAACAUUGUGUUCCCUGGUGACAGGAGGUAACAUAUGAGUCUUGAGCAUAUUUUCCCAAGGUAAAGGUUGAACGUUGCUUGCGAUCAGUUGGGCAUAUAUUGUCAAGAUAUAUACUCUGGAUUAUUAUUAACUGAUAAGUAAGGCUGAUUGGAUCCUAAUCGGAUGUGAUUAUGAUUUGACUGUAAUAAAAGCACUUCUUUCACUUAUUUUAGCUCUCAGUUCGAUCAAUUGGUUGCUAGUCAAAUUGCUCAUAUAAUCUGUUUAAGAGGCCUUUUCUAAUAGUAGAAGUAAAACAAAUUAAAUGCCUUAAAACAGUCGAGUCGCAUCCUGAUCAAAAACAGAGCGGCCUGCCAAAAAAGAUAUGGAAGAGACUCUGAAGAGAUUGAGUUCGUGCGGUUGAAGGUGUCUGUUUAUGUAAAACACUGACUGUGAUGAUUUCCAACCCUGUCAAUUGUCGUACAUUGUGAUUUGCAUAUCAAAAGACUUCUUACUUAAUUUCUGGAUGUGAUGAUUAGCAAAUAUGAAGAUCUACUAAUGGAACUUUGUUACGUCAUGUUCAGUAAGAUGAACUAGCAGUAGCAGAUAAAUAUGUGGCUCGAUGUCAAAGGAAGUAUUGUAGUUAUGUCAUGCACACAAGGGCUGUAAAUGGAUUUUUAAUGGCUAUUGUGUGUAACAGCUGUUAAGAAUUCAAUUAGAUGUAAAGCCGACUUGGUGGACGCGGUAGUCACUUUUGAGAACCUAGCUGUCGGAUAACCCGAGAAGAACAAACUGUCAAAUAAAUGACCCUGUGUCCCGUUUGGAGAAUCAGGAGAGGCAGACCGAAAAAGCCGAGGCUCGAAUUUUCGGGAGUCAGCAGCAAUUCUUCAAGUAGCACAUACUAGCAAACAUGGAACGAGCUCCUUAACUUCUCGGACUUUUGAGUCGGAACAUAACUGCUUUCGAAGGUCUUCAAAGUUUGAAAAUCAGCAACAUUGACAAUAUUAUACGAUAACUUGAGUUGAGCAGUCCCAGCAAUUCUAAGCUGUUUUUACAUUUUGGCGGUCUGAACACAAGUGGGAAGAUCAUUAUUGGCGGUUCCAGUCGUCGCGGAAAAAAAGCGAAAUACGAGGUAAAUUUGACAAGGUUACUGCAACAUGAAUUGCUUGUUCAACAACACCGCUCUUGAGAACAAUGUUACGAACAACUCCAGCGAAUCCGUCCAAUCAGGCAGCAGCAACAGUCCGGCUUUAACAGUGGUCAUAGGAUUGACUAUCGCUAACAUUCUGGCAAUAUUCUUCGGGACACUGGGGAACUCUCUGGUCAUAAUAUCGAUAAUUAUCAACCGGGGAAUGCGUUCAACGACUAAUUUUUUCAUAGCAUCGCUGGCUGGUGCGGAUCUCAUAGUCACGUCCACUUGUAUGCCGUUGUUUUACGUGUACAAUGUAGUCAAAUGGCCAGUCUGGCCUUUUGGAAGCGCCGGUUGCAGGAUUUUGUCCUUUUUGGUUCACAUGUCAGUUAUGGCGUCAGCACUGAGCUUGUUAGCCAUAUCUUAUGAUCGUUUCAUCUCAGUAUUUUUCCCAAUGAAACGAUUCAUUACCCCGUCUCGCGCUAAAAAGAUAGUUGCUUUUAUUUGGUUUGUGUCGCCGUUUCUCCUUCUUCCUUCGCUGCUUCACCAUGAUACUAUUUCGACGAUUUACGACGGAAAGAAAGCAAUUAUGUGCGUAGAAUCCUGGAGCACUGCAAAAGGAUUGCAUUCUUACCAAAUGUACCGGGUAUCAUGUUACUUUCUCUUUCUUCUGCAAAUAUCAAUUGUCUAUUUUUUAAUUGGGCACCGUUUGUACACACGUCAGCAACCUGGAGAACAAACAUCUCAAAGCAGAGCGAAAGAUUUGCUGAACAAACGCAAAAUAAUUAAAAUGCUAUUUCUUGUGGUAGCACUAUUUACUUUGUGUUGGCUGCCGUACAUUAUCAACAAACUUUUGAACAUUUUCCCUCCAAGGCCGGAUUAUGUUCCGCCAGAUUUGUUUGUUUUUGUUGGAAAUUUUCUGGGACUGUUGAACAGCGUCGCAAACCCUCUAGUUUAUGCCGUUCUCAACAGAAAUUUUAGAACGGCAUUUAAAAACGCCUUGCGGUGUAACUGUAAUUAUGAAGUCGAAGAACGACGAAGAACUGUUAGUGUUGUUAGCAAGCAAACGCAACGGAGACAGUCAGAGAGCCUUACUGCUGACCGCAUCCACAGAGGUUCACUAUCAGUUUCUGACAGCCAAGUGAUCAGUCAUAAAGGGUCGCGUGAGAUGAUUGGUGAUGAGGUUAGAAAUCUAUCAAGCAUUGAUCAAGAAACAGCUGUCGAGAUGUCACAAUUUGAGAAUUGCUCUCAGCAAAAUCCCUGUGUUUCACGACGAAAUCCAGAGAAACGCCGAGUGAGCUUCGGAGGCGAUGUUUCCACUUUCGUAGAGGACAAGGAUUCAAAAGUGCCUACCUUAGAAAAUGGAAGCACAAAUUUGUCUAGAGAGAUAAUGAACGUUUCUAACGGAACUAAAAACAGGGGUGAUCAGGAUUCUAAUUUGGGUUACUUGUCUCCUAUUGACGAAAAAGGCUAUGCUAACGCCAGCUUUGACCAAGAAUACGACUAGAUGUAACAUUUGUACCCGUCAUAAGAUCACGGAAAAUCAUUGUCGAGGAACACAGAAGAAAUACGAAACCUCCAAUCGCCCCUUAGCGCUCGGAAAUGCUGAUACAGGAAAUUUAGUGCUGUACGAUAAAGGCAAUUGACCGUCUAUGUAUCGGGCCUAUAGGAUUCCUAUGGGCUGAUGGUCACGGCCUUUGCCGGGAAAUCACUAAAAUAAUAAAUUUCUGGCUAGAGAAGAUAAAGAUUUUCAGUUUACCUUCAAUCUCAGACAAAAAAACUUGGGACACGAAGCAAGUUCUCCCCUCCCCCACUUACAAUGUUAAUAAUCAGGUGAUUUUUCCCUUUUUGUCGAAGAAAAACAAAAGCGACAUUUUCCAACAUUGAUUGAGGGGAUGGGGCAUACGUUAUCCAGCUCAAGUGUCUCAGCUACUUUUGUCCGAGAUUGUUGAUCUUGUCUUGUUCUCUGACCAAUAUAUUUGUUUAGGACAUAAUAAAAAUUUUCGCUGGCAACUCUCUGCCCCUGGGCCCUUGACAGAAACACUCUGGUAUACGUUAUCGCAUCACGUGAUCAAUUCAACCCAAUCAGAACUUGUCGUUCUAUAGUAACUAUUCCGAGUCUUUCAAGUUUCAAAUGUUUUGUAAAAAAAGCAUGGUAACACUACACGCUAAAGAGAUUAAGAGAUUUAUUAUAAUCGAAAUAUACAGGUGACUUUAUUUCUCCCGCGGUGUGUAAAAGAAUUAGAAAACACUGUCUCUGUGUUUUUAUCGAGUUUAGUGUAAAUGGUCUGCUAGCGCCGGAUCUAUCACGAAUACAGUUACUCAUUAGCUAUUCUGUUGUAGGUAGUGAGUUUCUUUGUUCAGUACAGGAAAAAUUGUAGUUGCUUCGUUGUGUUUUCGGAGUGUCCGUGAAUUGGAUUUAAAUAAAGUUUUCAACGAUUACUAGA